CACUAAAACCGUGCAUGCAUGGCUGCUUCAUCUUCGGCUCCGGCUUCGGCUUCGUGUGCCCCUCGCCGGAGCCAAAGCGAGUCGCAUUCCCCGCCACCCCAGCAGAAGCGGAAGGCCGGUCGCAAGAAGUUCCAGGAGACGCGCCACCCGGUGUACAAGGGAGUGAGGCAGAGGAACGGCAAGUGGGUGUGUGAGAUCCGGCAGCCCGACAGCGCCAGGACCCGCCUCUGGGUCGGCACCUUCGCGAGCCCCGAGAUGGCGGCCAGGGCUUACGACGUGGCGGCCGUGGCCCUGCGAGGGGAGUCCGCCCUGCUCAACUUCCCCGAGCCGAGCUCGUGCGGCGAAGGAGGAGGCUCUUCUUUGGCAUCCUCAUCGCCUUCUUCCUCGUCCGUGGUGAGGUCGGGGUCGGAGGAGAAGAAUGUCGGAGAGAGUGAUGAGUCGGUUUCGAGGACGGCGUCGUUCGUGGAUGAGGAAGAGUUGUUCAACAUGCCUGGAUUGUUAGACAGCAUGGCCGAAGGGUUGAUGCUCACUCCACCUGCGACGGUGAGCGGGUUCGAUUGGGACAGCGUGGACGACGUCGUCGACCUCACUCUUUGGGAGUGACAUAUAUUGUGUAUAUCCACGGCAUCCAUUUUUAAGAACCCAUUAGUGAUUCUAAUGUUAACUUCUUCGUUU